CUAAACUCUCUCCGCUCUUGUAGUUACUGGGCGUCGUAGAAGACGUCAUUUCCUGCGCGCCUUGUUGCCAUUGAAGAGAGAGAGAGAGAGAGAGAGAGAGGGUCAAGAUGGCGUCGGCGAGGAGCCGUUGGCUAUGGCGCUGCUGCGCCUUUUUCGGACGGAACUUUCCGCUCUUCUCCAGCGUGAGGACACAGUGCGUGCCUGGACUGAGGGCGCCAUGGAAGAAAAUGGCCACUCUGGGCUUUGGAAUGACCUUGGCCGCUAUUCCCAUUGCACAGAAACACGAUCCGGGUUCUCUAAGCAAUGAAUCCUUGAUCCGAAGAGCAGUCUCUUUAGUAACCGACAGCACCGGGACGCUCCUUUCUCAAACCACUUACGCAUUAAUUGAUGCGCUAACAGAAUAUACCACGGCAGUUUACACAUUGGUGUCCCUGUACCAAAAAUACACGCAUCUCCUGGGGAAAAUGAAUUCCAAAGAAGAAGAUGCUGUUUGGCAAGUAAUCAUCGGGGCCCGAGUGGAGAUGACGUCGAAGCAGCAGGAAUAUCUCAAAUUAGAAUCCAGGUGGAUGACCGCCCUGCGGCUUUCAGAGAUGGCUGCAGAAGCAGCAUAUCAGUCAGGGGCCGACCAAGCUUCGGUGUCAACCCACAACCACAUCCAGCUAGUGAAGACCCAGGUCCACGAAGCCCGACAGCUGUCCCAGAAGGCCGAAACCCAGCUGGCCGAGGCUCAGACAGAGGAGCUGUUGAAGUUGAAGGAAGAGGAACCUUUGCUGGCAACCACUCAGCAGGCCGUCAGGGAAGAGACAGAGACAGAGGAAGCCUACCUUCGUGAAGACUGAGGGUUGCUGGCAUGGACACGAUCCUGCUUGGCGGGAAGGAACACCAUGGAGAAGAUGCCGCGCUCAGUGGCUCUCUGGCUUCCCCAGCCCGGUUGGCCCUUGGCUUUGAGCCCGAGGUGGUUCUGUUGCCUGUCUGUUUAAAUUCACAGCUAUGCAAAUGCGAGAUAAUUCUACCCAGGGGGUGAUUUUUCUGGGGCUUGAGGGCUGAUUUGAGAUGAUCCAUCCGCUGCCAGAAUCUAUAUCGAGGUAAUCGCACGUAAUCACUUAAGGGCUGUGUCUUUGUGUUGACUUUUUUAUUUUAGAAAAAAAGCGAAAGGCUUGUGUUGUGAAGGACAAAACGCUCUACCUGAAAUUUCAAAGAUUAGUUGUGGAGAAUUUUAACCGUUUGGAGCCUAAAUGUCAUUUUUGUGUGGUUGGUUGUUUUUCUAGUGAUGUACUCGGGGAUCAUUCUCCCCAAACCCAUUUUUAAAA